GAGUCGAACCCAUUCGCGAGGGCCACGUGGCAAGGAGGAGACGGCGCGCACCGACAGGCAUUACUGGAGUGUUGGCAUUAUGCCGAACACCUAGCGGGCGGGCGGGUGCUCCUCAGCGCCGGAUUGGUGUCGUUCUCUCCGUCGCGGACGCGUAGCCGUCGCCCAGCAAGCCACCCAGCUCGCCGGCUGGGGCUGCUCUGCUCUCGUGGAAGAAGAUGCGGCCGUCUCCGGCGAGUGGCGGCACGGCUGCAGGUCCCGACCACCAUGCCGUGCUCUGGGAAGUUUCGCGGAGCCGAUGGAGGUGGCGGAAGUCGAGGCCAUGGCCGUGCGGGGGCUCCGUCGACUUCCACCAACGCCUGCUCCGCGUGGGUGCCGACGCAUACGGCGUUGCUGGCCGAAUGCAUCGUGUGUUGCUUGCACAGGUCGUGGUCGCAGCCGCAACGCUAGACGGCGCGCACCGGAGCUCGGGUAUGCGGCCGCGGCGGAGCUGCUCUGGCAUCAACCGCAUCUCGGCGCUCUACUGCAAUUCCUUCGCUUUCCCCAUUCAUUAUUUCCGUUCCUCAACUAUAACUGUUCGUUUCAAUUGAAGGCGUCACCACCAGCCUCCUAGCUAGUCAUCUGGAUUAUUUGGAAAGAGAUGAACGGAAGGAUCUUCAAUAGUACAAGAUGCAGCAGCUCUGCUCAAGUUCACAGGCGAGGCAAGAUGUUGGAAGGGAGGGACACUUGGGUUUUUUGCAUCCAUGGACAAGUUCUUCAGUUUGAACUUUGAACUCUUCAGUUUGUCGUCCCUCUCAUUGAGAUUAAUAGCAGCUGAUGAACCGGAACUUCCUAAUUAAUCAAAUCUGCUUGCAAAUAAGCACAAGCUUAGUAGUGUAUAGGAAGUACGUCAUACUACAUGUCUUUGAACCGCAUCUCAUUUGUUUUUGUUAAUUUGUCUUGAGCAACUAACAGGAGGUCUGUCUCAUACCUCGUUUCUUAUUUCCUGAAUUCUCAAGUUUUUCCUCGGGACUUCUA